CUUGCCCGGGUGGUGGUGUUUGCUUCGGCGAAAGUUUAAAAUUUUCUUCUUCCUUUCCCGACUUUUCAUUCAAACCGGACGAAAUACUCGUGUUUUAGCGACAGUUACAUUAUGGAACUUUCAACAAUCUUAGAAGCAACAGUUUCGCAAGACAAGGUUAAACUUGAUCAAGCAGAGAAAUUCUUACAAGAUGCAGCUCAAAAUAACUUACCGCAGUUCUUAGUAGCUUUAGCAAUUGAGCUAGUAGAUUCAAGCAAAAGUCAAGUAUGUCGUAUGGCUGCAGCCUUGCAGUUAAAAAACCAACUUACAUCAAAAGACGAUCGUGUCAAAUUGGCUUACCAACAGAGAUGGUUAGGUUUGGAAGAUACCAUCAAAAAUGCUGUUAAAACAAGGGUUGUAGCUACACUUGGAACAGAGAGUACCAGACCAGCUAUAGGGCCACAGUGUAUAGCAGCUAUUGCUUGUACAGAGCUUCCUGUCCAGCAAUGGCCAGAUCUGAUCCCAACAUUGGUUCAAAAUGUUACCAAUGGUACUGCGACAGAGAGUUUGAAGGAACAGACCUUAGAAGCUAUUGGAUAUAUUUGUCAAGAUAUAGAUCCUAAGCACUUAGCAAUGGAAGCCAACAGCAUUUUGACAGCAAUUGUACAGGGAAUGAGGAAAGAAGAACCCAGCGACAAUGUCAGACUGGCUGCCACUACAGCCCUUUACAAUUCCUUAGAAUUUACAAAGGGAAAUUUUGACAAAGAGAAUGAGAGGCAUUUCAUAAUGCAAGUUGUAUGUGAGGCUACCCAGUGUACUAAUACUCAAGUCAAAAUUGCAUCUCUUCAAAAUUUAGUCAAAAUUAUGUCCUUAUAUUAUGACCACAUGGUGGCUUAUAUGGGUCCUGCUUUGUUUGCUAUAAGUCUUGAUGCAAUAAAAAGUGAUAUCCCAGAAGUGUCCCUGCAAGGCAUCGAAUUUUGGUCCACUGUUUGUGAUGAGGAAAUUGACCUGGAUCUUGAGGCUGAAGAGGCUGCACAAGUGGGUCAGCCCCCAGAGAGAAGCAGCAAGAAGUAUGCCAAGGGUGCAUUACAAUACCUGGUGCCUCUUAUCUUGGAAACCUUGUGUAAACAGGAGGAAUUUGAUGACGAAGAUGAUUGGAAUCCAUCAAAAGCCGCUGGUGUCUGCCUCAUGCUCCUAGCACAGUGCUGUGAAAACGAUGUCGUUCCCUAUGUUCUUCCUUUUGUUGAGUCAACUAUCGGCGAUGAGAUGUGGCAAAGACGUGAUGCUGCAGUCAUGGCCUUUGGAUCAGUUCUUGGAGGACCAGACCCGGAGGCUCUAAAACAUGUCGUCGUUAAGGCAAUGCCGUUGAUCAUCGAGCUGAUGCACGAUCCUAGCACGGUCGUUCGUGAUUCUGCUGCAUGGACCGUGGGUCGUGUGUGUGAACUGCUACCAGAUGAAGCAAUCAACCCAGCGUACCUCAACCGUCUUCUUGAACAAAUGUUGACAUGCCUCUCUGCUGAACCGCGGGUUGCUGCAAACAGCUGCUGGGCUUUUUCAUCGCUCGCCGAAGCUGCGCUGGAAAAUGCCAAGAAUCAAUGUGGAACUGACGAGCCAAACACUUUCGCACUGUCAGAAUCGUUCACCAAAAUUAUCAACGAUUUAUUUAUAGUUACAAACAGACCUGAUGGUAACCAGGCGAAUCUUCGUAGCGCGGCGUAUGAAGCCAUAAUGGAAAUGAUCAAGAAUUCUCCAAAAGAUUGUUAUAUGUGUGUUCAGUCAACAACGCUGGUGAUCUUGGAAAGAUUACAACAAGUCCUUCAACUGGAGGGUCAAAUAACCUCCACAGAUGAUCGUUCUCAAUACAUAGAUUUACAGGCCUUGAUAUGCGCAACUCUACAGAGUGUUUUGCGCAAGGUUGAACCCGAUGACGCCCUAAAGAUUUCUGAUGCGGUCAUGAGCGCUUUACUACAACUACUGAUUACACAGUCUGGUCAGGGGGGUGGCGCAAAGGAAGAUGCUUUAUUGGCAGUCGCUAUUCUCGUGGAAGUGAUCGGAGUUAGUUUCAUGAAGUAUAUGGAAGCAUUUAAACCAAUGUUGACUCUGGCACUGAGGAACACAGAAGAACACCAGGCGUGUAUAGCUGCUGUUGGUAUUGUGGGUGAUCUCUGCCGCGCAUUCGGUGAACAAGUUUCGCCGUUUUGUGAUGAAUUCAUGAAGCUACUCAUGGAAAAUCUUGCAAAUCAGACAGUGCAUCGCUCUGUGAAACCACAAGUCAUCUCCGCCCUGGGCGAUAUUGCUCUGGCAAUUGGAGCUAAUUUUGUAAACUAUCUUGAGCCAGUGAUGCUUACGCUGGAACAGGCUGCGUCUUUACAAAUAGAAACAGAUGAUUACGACACGAUCGAUUACCUGAAUGAGCUUCGCGAGGCGUGCCUAGAAGCCUACACCGGUAUCAUACAAGGCUUCAAGGGUGAUGGGAAUGUUCCUAGCGCCGAGGUGCAGAAUGUAUGGCCCAGUGUUCCAAGCAUUGUCACUUUCUUAGAAAAAAUUUCGGUGGAUAAAGAUCAUUCUGAAGCUGUUGUUGCGGCUGCCUGUGGACUAGUAGGGGAUAUGUGCUCAGCUUUUGGUACGCCAGUACAACAACACUUGGAGAAACCAACAAUUCUGGAACUACUGCAAGAAGGACGCAGGUCCAAAGGAGGAAAAACGAAGAGCGUUGCGACGUGGGCGACGAAAGAAUUACGAAAAUUAAAGCAAGCAUAGACCGUCGAAAGGAGGGAUAAUCUACGAAAGACGAAUGGAAAUGAAAUGUGAGUACGACUGUCUGAGUGGUUUAACGAGAGCCUGACAAUGAAUGCCUGAAUGAAAAGCCUGUGAGAUGAAAGGAAUGAACCGAUCUUACGUCACGCUGCGCAAAAUAUACAAAAGGAAAUUAUGCAAAUUUCAUAGCGAUAUGGAAUACGUAAAUCGUCGUGGAAAUGCCAAAAAUCCAAGGUUCGAAAUCAAGAGAUUCUCGCCACACAAAAGAAGAGUGUAGGACGCGCCAUAUCUUUAGACAAUAUUGUGGUGUUCAAGGUUUCAUGGAGGAACGUCUUGGAAAUCUUGGCUCAUUAUCUUCAUGAAUGGCAUUGAAGCCUCAGAGUGAAUUGCAAAAUGAAAGACUGGCAUCUUUCGGCUUUCUGUCAACGCGUAAAUUCGUACGUUUUUUUUAUUUUUGCUUAUUGUAAGAAAGCUAGUUUUUCUCCUUUGGGCUGACAGAUGUAUGUGUUUGGAAAAGUUGCAUUGGAAUUUCAACCUUCUUGCAUGAAAGAACUUGAUCAUACAUAUGGCUUUACCUGCCUUCAUAUCGGCGCUGAGAAAAUGUAAUUGAAUGGUUGAGAUUGAACGUGCAUCUUUGGAACUCUGCGACUUCAUUGAAGCCAACAAGCUGGUCUGUCAAAAAUGUAUUUAUUUACAGACUGUUUGGUAAAAUGUUUCGAGAAGAGAAUUUAUGUCAGCAAUGAUUAAUUUUUUCCACAAAGCGCUUGAAUAAUUUGAUCUUGUGGAACGGCAUCGCAGGCGAUUUCGAACCUAACUUGAUGCACACUUCACGUGUUUACACAUUUGGCUGAAGGAGCGAUAAGAGAGAAUUAUUAUAUUAAACUUUAUUUUGACAGAAAGAAAGAGAGACGUGAGAUGUGAAUGUAUGUGAGAAAUAGAUCUAGCCUAAAAUAUACAAUCUGAUUGUAUGCAAUAAAUAAAUAUAAAACAUUUUCUUUAU